AUGUCUUCAACUCAUGAGCAAGUCUCCAACGUAACUAUUCGCUCUUUCACUUAUUCAAAGCUUCCACCAGAGUCCUAUACUACGCGAAUGAUUCGCCUUUUGCCGGAAAGUGAUAAGAGCGCCCCGAUCAAGUGCGAGCUUCUCAACUAUGAUUUUUCAAAAAUAGGCGGCGGGGAACACCUUUAUGAGGCACUUUCCUAUGUUUGGGGGAAUCCAGACACAACUCAUUCAAUCAUCCUGAACGGCUGUACGCUUCACAUCACUGAGAGCCUCCAUACUGCAUUGUUGUAUCUCCGAACCAGUCAGUUGGAAAGAAUACUGUGGGUUGAUGCAAUAAGCAUAAACCAGAAUGAUACAGUUGAAAAAAACAGGCAAAUUCCACUUAUGCGCAUGAUCUAUGCGCAAGCCAGACGUGUCAUUGUCUGGCUGGGAGAGGUCCUGGAGGACAGUGACAACGCGCUUGAAGUUAUCAGUCAUCUUGGAAGAGAACAGAACAUACUGUCAUGUGAAAGAAUAGAAAAAGAAAACCAUGAUGCAUGUCAGAGGUUGUUGCAACGGAACUGGUUUGGCCGUAUCUGGGUACUACAAGAAGUUGGGGUUGCCCAGUGCAUUUCUGUUAUGUAUGGCUCUGUUCAGAUCAAUGGACAUAUUUUCUGUGAAGGCCUCAGUAAAUUGAGGGCCCCUCUGCCAAGCUAUAUCCAACCAGUCCUUUAUCUUAUAAGGGGUGCGCUUUUUCGACCAAGAUACGAAAUUGAUUCAUAUGGAACACUUGCCAUAGGGGAGCUGCUUGAUAUGUACCGCAAUCAUAAUGCCACUAGGCUGCAUGAUAAAGUUUAUGCAUUGCUAGGGUUGAGUGUUGAGAAUGCUGAUAAAGCUAGUUUGAAACCAAACUAUGAUCUUCAAUGGAAUGAUGUCUUCAAGCAGGUCAUUAUGCAUGUAUUUCCAAGUUCAUGCUCCGUGGAGACGUGGCCUGAGGCAGCAGUCGCUGUGAUCAAAGGAAAAGGAUGGGUUCUAGGUUAUGUUGAUUCUGUUGAAGAGGCUACUUCCAAGUAUAGCUGUCAAAAGGUCAAUGUCAUCUAUAACGAUACGGCUCGAUCACUAAAUUGUGAACAUAAUUGGGGCACUGAGUGGACACUGCAAGCUUCUGCAGAGCCAGUUCAAAAAGGUAAUAUUAUCUGUCUUUUACAAGCAGCUUUAGAUCCUAUCAUUAUCAAGCUUUGCAACGACCGCUUUGCUGUUGUUGUGAGUACAGCAAUACUUCGGCCAGACAGAAAUAUGGGAAGCUGUGAUGUGGCUCCUGCUCAAAAAGAUUUUCCUAUACAAGGGUCCAUUUAUGAUUUUUAUAUGACCUGGGAAAUAUCCUUGGCUGAUAGGGAAAGCAACAGUGGACUGAAAGAUCAAAAUGGGCUCGGGUCUGUGGCACCACAGUACAAAGAGAAGAAUUGUGAAAAGGCAAAGAGACUCCAUGCUGUAUCAUUCAUCAUAGAUGAUAUUAUAAUACAGAUGCUGGAGAAAGACAAUACUGGAAACCACAUACGAUAUCUACUUCUACAUCGGGGAGAAAGCCUACCAGUCUCUGAAGAUGUGGUUAAAGCUGCUGCGGCAAAUGGAGGAUCAAUUGGAUAUGAGAUCAUGCAGCUGCUCCUGGAGCAUCAGGGAGAAAGCCCACUAGUCUCUAAAGAUGUGGUCAAGGCUGCAGCAGCAAAUGGAGGAUCUAAUGGACAUAAGAUUAUACAGCUACUCCUGGAGCAUUGGGGAGAAAGCCUACCAAUCUCUAAAGAUAUAGUUAAGGCUACUGCAAUAAAUAGAAAAAAGGGAUAUAAGAUCAUGCAGCUGCUCCUAGAGCAGUGGGGAGAGAACCUACCAGUCUCUGAAGAUGUGGUUAAGGCUGCUGCGGCAAAUGGAUAUAAUGGACAUGAGAUCAUGCAGCUGCUCCUGGAGUAUUGGGGAGAAAGCCUACCAGUCCCUGAAGAUGUGGUUAAGGCCGCAGCGUCAAAUCGAUAUCGACAUGAGAUCAUGCAGCUGCUCCUGGAGCAUCGGGGAGAAAGCCUACCAGUCUCUGAAGAUGUAGUUAAGGCAGCAGCAGCAAAUGAAGGAUAUUAUGGACAUGAGAUUAUGCAGCUACUCUUAGAGCAUUGGGGAGAGAACCUACUAAUCUCUGAAGAUGUGGUUAAGGCUGCUAUAACAAAUAGAAAAAAGGGAUAUAAGAUCAUGCAGCUGCUCCUGGAGCAUCGGGGAGAGAACCUACCAGUCUCUGAAGGCAACGUGGACAUUAGAUCAUGCAGCGGCUCCUAG